CUCUGCAACCUCAUCGGCUUCGCCUACCCCGCGUACAUCUCCAUCAAGGCUAUUGAAAGCCCCAACAAAGAUGAUGACACACAGUGGCUGACUUACUGGGUUGUGUAUGGCAUUUUCAGCAUAGCAGAAUUCUUCUCUGAUAUCUUUCUAUCCUGGUUCCCUUUCUACUACAUGCUAAAGUGUGGCUUCUUGUUGUGGUGCAUGGCUCCAAGUCCUUCUAACGGGGCAGAGUUUCUCUAUCAUCGAAUUAUCCGCCCUUUCUUCCUGAAGCACGAAGCUCAGCUGGACAGUGUUGUUAAAGACCUGAAAGACAAGGCUGCAGAAACUGCAGAUACCAUCACUAAAGAAGCCAAGAAAGCAACAGUGAACUUGCUGGGUGAAGAGAAGAAGAGCACUUAAACUAUUAACUGGAUAAAGAAUGUUUCCCUACCACCUCCUUGAUAAAGCUUGAUGCUGCUGGGGACUGUGGUAUAAUUUUAAUAAUGUUGCCUUGGAAACAUUUUGAUAUUAAAGGAAUGUGUUGUACGUUUGCUUACUAUUUUGCUCUUGUCUGUAUAGAAAGUAAGCACUUUUAUUUAAAAGCAAUGCAGUGGGCAGCAUCGGAAGCUUAUUGAAAAUAUUUUAUUCAUCUUCAUGCAGAAGAAAUCUUUCAGUAAUCACCUUCUGCAAUAACAUAAAUAAAAAGUAUAUAUCCCACAGGCUCUGCACUUUAGUUGUCUCUUUGUGCAUGUAAUUACUCUUAACACUUUAACUCUGGUGUGUCUGGUGACAUAAAAUUUUUGUAUGAGGAAACUAUAGCCUGAAAGGAUUCUCUUGAAUAUGCAGGGAAUUAUUGAGAGGUGGCAUAAUGGAUAUAUUCCCCACUAAUGAAGUUGUAAAUGAUGAAACUGUUGUUCUAGCCACCUGAUGAUAGAGAUUAUUCAAUGUUGCAUGUUUCAUUGUAACUUACAGUUAUUGGUACAGUGUGUGUAUUCUUAAAUGGAUAGAUACUAAAUAUGGGAAAGAGCAACUUCAUUCAAGUGAUCCAGCUUACAUUAGCGUGAAGUAAUUUGCCAGAAAUGGAUGCAUUACCUUGAGAGCACAGCAUUACUAAAGUACAACUCUCUGCCUUUUCUUGCUAAAAGUUGUCAUCUAAAAUUGAAAACAGAGUGCCUUGUAAGAUCACACUCAAAAGCACAAACCACCUUUCACUAGGGAGUGAUGCUAUUACAAGCCUUUUUUUUUUUUCCUAAAGCCCUGUUGAAAUAGUUAGUGCCCUGGGUGUCAGUCCCCAGAACUACAUCACUAAUUAUCACCACAACCUCUGUGAGCGUUUUCUGCUCAUAACAAAUCUGCAGUCUGUUCUGAUUGUACUAAGAACAAUGCUGCAUGAGCACUGAGCAGUCUUAAGGAACAGGGAUGGUGGUGUUGAGAUUACUUGAUCUAUUCCUGACCAAUCAGUGCGAAUGCAACCAAAGUUGUUACAAGAAGAAUAUAGUCUGUUUUGCAGUUCAUGGAAUAGAAUAGAACUUACUUACAGAACAUGAAGAAGUUGUUAAGCUUAAACUUUUGCUAUGUUAAGCGAUUUCUAGGUCCACCAUCCUAAAUUGAUUAGGCUGUAAUCUUAAGAUAAGGCACUGAAGGCUUCUGGCAUUCCACAAGUUGAUGAUAUUAUAAACAUUCCCUCUAAAUUUUCAGAGACUAGAACUGUAAAAGAUUGAAGCGUGCACUAUUAUUUAGUAGAUCACUUUUGAAUUUGAGCGAUACCUAUUAUAAGAACAGAUGUAACAGUGUCUUAAGAGUAAGCUUUUUAGCCUUUAAGCUGGAAAACACAGCACUGACUCUGUAAGACAGCACUUACAGCUGUCAAAGAACAACUACAAUGGGGAAGCAUGAGAUCCACCAUGCAUCGUUUUUUGUCCUACAGCAUACACGGUUUGUUAUUUGAAGGAAGAACACGGACUACUGCAGUAUGUAAAUGAAAACAUUUGGCUGAUUAUUCAGUGACGGCUUUUUGUAACGAAUGGAUCUACUGCAAAGAAUAAAGUUUACAGCAAAGUUGUAGAUGUGAGCAAGUAGAAAAUUCUAACAGCGACUCACAAUUUAAGUAACCUCAUUUCUUGUCCUAGCUUCCUCUGUCUUUAACCCACUGAACUUGGCAAUCCAUCCUAAAUCCUCAUGUUGUAUUUUAAAGUUAUAUGCAUAGCAGUCAUAUGUGGUCAGUUUAAUUUUGUUUCACCUCAUAAAAUAAAUUAUGUUAAAUAAUGAUACUUACAUUCAAUACUGUAUUUGAUUUAGGUUCAGAGUACUACAAAAACUGCUUUUCUAAAAGCUGUUGGUAAGUCUGAGACUUUCCAAGACUAUCCAGGUCUGCAGCAGAGACAAAACUUAAUUCUCAGACAAAUCAUCAUUUCUUUAAAAUACUACCAUUAUCAAUGAGAUAAAACACUUCUUUCAGUUAAGUGUUAAGGGUGACCAUUCCUUUACGUUUCUCAAAGAACUUACCAGUUGGGCUUUCGAUCAACUUCCUAUAUUUACAACCCAGUAUUUCUUGAUCCAACAGCUAAAUUUGUGCUCCUUAUCAGAUUUCUACUUGAAAGUAGAGCUACCACCUGUUUGAAAGUUGUUAAUAUAACUUGAUCUUGUUGUUUGCAUUGUUGCAAACAGAAAUGACCAUCUGGAGCAUUCGUGGGCUUUCACAGUGAUUUAAUUCUGAGAGCUAAACGUAUCGUGUCCUCAAAGAAAGGGUGAUUCUUUUCGGACUGAGAAACUUCCUGGGAAGACUUUAGUUAAAAGUAAAGAUUCAGGACUAACUUUGCUGUCUAAAGAAAAACAGUAUUUUCUGCAGGAAGUUACCUUUUCCUGCAAGUAACUCCACUGGGCUGGCCCCUCGUAUCAGUGCUCUUCUCAAAGUUGUCUUCACAACAUUUAUAGGACAAUGUUAAUAUACACUUCUAAUCAAUGUCUGUGCUGAAGUUGUAACAUGCUAAAUAAAAAUGGAUACAAAUAAAGAGAUUCUUACAGGA